AUAUUUGCAAUCAUGGGAGCGGAAUCAAGUUCAACCAAAGUACAUCACGAGAGAAAGAAAUAUUUCUCAAAAGAAGAAUACCAUCGGCUUCUUCAUCACAUACGCAAGUUGGCCAAAGAUGGGGAGACGGUUCCAGUGACAAUACUGGAGAAACACAUCACUCGUUCAUUCAACCCAGAUAUGGGGAAGAAGUUCACACAUCUUUUGACUAGGGGAAGGCCGGUCACAUCACUCCCCUGCACAACCAUUGUUGACCAAUUAGGACCUCCCCUCAAAGGGUCCCUGGAGGAAAGGCUGUACCUGACCCUCACGCUUGCAGGAGGUGGCCAGGCUGGGGUGCUCUCUGACCAGAUUAUGAAGUACACAGAAGUUAUGCUUGCUGCAUAUGUGAACUCCAUAGCCAACAUGGCUGGGAGCAAACACUGGAAACCGAGCCCACCAGAAGUGAUACAGCAGAUCAGUCAGGCGUUGCUUCAUGAUUUGCUUUUCUCGGGUGCCAGCCCAAAAGAGGUUUGGAAAAAGCCUCCUCCAAAGGUUCGCUUCUCUUAUGAUGACUUUGAGAGGUGGUGUCUGAGUCAUUCUAUCUUCACGUCCCUAGAGUUGGAGGCUCUCAAAGGCUGCUUUCCAUUUAGUCCUCUUGAUUACAGAGGUUUAUUGCCAGAGGUCCAGACUACUCCAAAGAGGUUUCCCACCAUGUUGAGUGCUGCUCAAGUUAUGCUCCUCAACAGUGCCUUGCCAUCCACACUUCAGACAGACUGGAGGUUCCUCUUCUCCACUGCAGUUCAUGGCUGGAGCUUCAGCAUCUUCAUGAAGCAGAUUGUUGGAAAGGGUCCAAGUGUCAUAGUGAUUGAGGAUCAGUCUGGCAACAAGUUCGGAGGUUUUGCAUCUACGUCCUGGGAAGUCCGUCCUCAAUUCCAGGGUACUGCAGAGUGUUUCCUGUUUACUCUGGUGCCCCAGACAGGCAUAUUUCGUUCCACAGGCUAUAAUGGAAAUUAUAUGUACCUCAACUAUCUAGAGAAAAAUACCAUGCCUAAUGGACUGGGCAUGGGUGGUAGAGAAGAGUUGUUUGGAUUCUGGCUUGAUUAUGACUUCGGCAAGGGAACUGUGGCUCCCACCUGUUCCACUUUCCGUAGCCCUCCCCUCUCCCCCCACCAAGAGCUGGAAAUUCAAGGAAUAGAAGUGUGGGCUGUUGGUCCAGAGGAGGAAGAUUCUGAUGAAGAGGGAACUCGGCAGAGGAGUGCACUGGACAAGAACCCAGAUGCCCAGGCUCUGCUUGAUAUGAUUGGCAAGACUCGAGUCAGUGAAGGUUUGCGAGAAGCUGAAGAGAGUGACUAAGACCUUUCCCUUGUCCAAAGGCAUAUAGAACAGGUGUUGACUAGGUACAAAUAGCUUGAAUGUCACAGUACUAAGGAUAGAUGUUUAUCUAGUAGAUAUAUUUUGUUGUGUAGGAAGUAGUGAAUUUUAUGUUUGCAUUUUUUGCAGUAGGCAGUUGUGGAGAAAUGUGACUGAUGGUAGCUUAAUGUUUUGUUCAUACUGUCCAGUAAAAAAACCUGACUGUGCAAGGGAAGAAAGAUGUAGAACUCUUUAAGAUCUUAAAGAACCCAUUGUUGAUUUUUUCCUCAUCUCUCGGGUGUUUCAUUUCAGAGGAAAGGUGUUCUUCUGGAUCAUUACAGCACUGUUAUUUGUAAUAAUUUGUUUUGAAGGUCAAUGCCACAAAAUUUUGUAUGUGAUGUGUGUAAUGCUGUUUGUGCGCAACGUGGUGUGUAGAAAAGUAUAUUUGUAGAAACUUUGAUAGAAGAGAAAGAAUAGUAGAAAGCAAUCAUUUUUUAUUAUUGAUUUGUUAAUUUUUUACAUUUUUUUAAAGCUGACAUCUUGAAAUUUAUUGGAACCACUGACUUCCAUGUGUAGGCUAAUGAAAAUUAACUGCAGAUUCUGUAGACUAGAGGAAUGGAAAACUGCUUUCUUAGAUUUUGAGAUUGUGAUUUUUUUCCAUAAGUGUAAACAGACUGUUUGAUAUACACAUUCCAGAUGCACAUUCCAACAUGGCCUGAUAAUCUGCCUUUGAACAAUAUUCUGCAUUUCCUAACACAGAAGAUGGUACAGGUGAUAUGAUUACUGCCUUUAUGUAACCUGUAGACUAUGAUGGUUGUUUACUUAAGCAGAUCCACAGUGUACAGUCCUUGCCACUUUUUUGAGCCUUGUGAAAUGCCAACAAAUAUGCAUAUAUAUCAGAUGCAUUUAAGGCUUUAGCUUGAUAUAGUUAUAAAGUAAAAAACAUAGCUGUGUUGUGUUGUGUUGUGUUGCCUUGUGUCCCUUUAUCCAACAUCAAAGUAAUGUUUUUGUUUUAUUUUGCUAUAAUAAGCAUAUUAUUAUAUAUUCCAUUAUUCUUGUUUAUAUACAUUUUUCUAGACUCUGCUAGGUUUUCCAUAUUUUUAUUAUCCUUUUCUCCUUGUGUUGCCUUCAUCAUAAAUUUGAUUUUUAUUAUUCAUGUAUAAGAAGUCACAAGAUAAACGAACAGCCCUUGCAGUUUACAGGUUUUGUAGGUAUAGUUUAAGAACUUGUCAGAACUACUGUAUAUGUAAGUCACAAGCAGAUAUAACAAUGUACAGACUUAAUAUCUUUGAAGUGUACAGAAUUAAUAUUGUUGAAGAGCAUAAAACCAUGCUUGAGUUCUCACAAUUCAACCUGUGUGAUAUUGUGAAUUCUGUUGAACUGCUCUUGUGGACAUGCCCUUUAGGUGCUAAGACACAGGGUAAUUGACAGCAAUGCAUUUUCUUCUUUGAGAAAGAAUAGCAUCUUAUUAGGUACAUAAUACAGCAACCGAGUUGGGGCCACCUGAAACUAAAUAGGCUAUACUUUUAAGAAAUACAAAUUAUGCCUUUGCCAUUGUGUUUCAAAAUGAUCAGCUGUUCUUCCAAGAUAUUUUGAUGGGCCAGUGUUAUGUUUUUUUAUGUAUUUAUUUUUGUCAUGAAGGUGCAUUUGUGGUACAGUUGUGCUGUGAGUGUGAAUCUAAAUAGGUUGUGAGUUUCAUUUAUUUUUGAUAUUGUAAUUAAAUACAAUUUGAAAAGUAAUACUCAUAGUAAUGUUUAGGUGUAUAUAGCAGUGCAGUUGAUAUAUAUAUGAAUAUUUGUUUUGUUCCUUUAAUUAUUUGUAAUAAUACUUAUAAUUGUAAUGAUAUAACCUGCCUUGCAGUGUAGUCCAUUUGAUGGCCCAUUCUGUUUUUUCCAUUCAUUUUUUGCUGUUGCUAAGUGAACUGGUAACUUCUUGCCCAUAGCAUAACUGCUUUUAGGUGUACAUUGUACAAAUAAGGAAAAGUUACUAUUAAGAGUGCAAUAGUUUAUAUAUAUUUUCAGAGACUCAUUCGUACAAGAGUUUGAGAAUCAUUCUAUUUUAUUCUCUCCUUAUCUUUUUGUAAUGUAGAUAAUCUUUUGACAUAAAGUAUACCAAAUAACAAGAAAUCAUGAGGGUAAUGUUACAGGUAUCUUUCUGCCUCUUGUGUACGAAUAACUUUCCUGUCUCCUGUGUCUCCAGUUUUCCCAUUGUCACAGAGUACAUUUACUCCUUAAGGAUCUCUUGGCAUAUACCUUAACCCUCCUCAGUGGAGCUUUAUCUAUCUGUCACCUUCUCCAUUUUAAGUCUGAGACUUGGUGGUCUUAACAUUUUAAAAAUUAUCAUGUGUUAAUGAGUAGAUGUAUUAUAUUGCAAUAAUUACAGAAUUUUCAUUAGAAUGAUGGUUAUUUUCAGAUCAGUGUAAAAACAAUCAGUUUAAAUCAGCACAAAUUGCCCAUGAGAAGGCAUCUGACCAAUUUGGUUUGACUUGUGACAAUACAACAUCUGGUGUAGAGCAAAAUGAAAUUCUGGUGCACAGAUGAAGAUUGAUAUUAAUGAAUUAAUAGGUGUGGUGUUUUAUGCUUGUCUUGAAUAUUUUGUCUUGUUGUUACAGGUAUAUACAGGUAAACACUGAUAAACUGUGUUCUUUAUCAGGUAUAAUGUAGCUCUUAGGCAUGUUAUAGGAGAACCUGAAGUAUUUGGUUAUAACAUCAUAGGUUCUUUGUUCAUGUUAAAGCAUAUGUUUAGAAAUGCUGGUUUAGACUCAAUAGCCAGGCGCAGUAGAAAAUAGGUCUUUGUUUCAAAAACAUUUUCAAGUAGGAACCUUGCGUCCAGAUCGGAAAUCAUUUUAGCUAGAUAGGUAUACUGUAAGCACCAUUUCUGUUUGCUCUAAACCAAAUGCCGUGAGUUAGUGGAUGUCAAGCUGCAUAAACUACCAGUGGAAUUAAUAAAGAGAUUGAGAAGUCUUUCUCACAAUCAAAACAAAUGUUGAAAAUCUAGUCUGACUUGUAAGUGAGUAAGAGGACCAGAGUAUCCUUGUGAAGAUUUAUUUCUGGUCUGUUGUUAGUCAUUUUAUGUAAAAAAAAAUAAUGUAAUACAUACAUAUAUACACUAACAUAUCCACACAUAUCCACACACAUCCACACACAUCCACACACAUCCACACACAUCCACACACAUCCACACACACUCGCACCACCUGCAGUCCCAUCUUACAAAUGCACAAAGGCAUAAAUAUGCUCAAAAACAUGUACAUACAAACACCCAUACAAACACAGACUUGUGUACAUGCUAACUCAAACUCAUACUCAAACACCAACACACACAGACACACACAGACACACACAGACUCACACAGACUCACACAGACACACACAGACACACACAGACACACACAGACUCACACAGACACACACAGACUCACACAGACUCACACAGACUCACACAGACUCACACAGACUCACACAGACUCACACAGACUCAUACAGACACACACACACACACACACACACACACACACACACACACACACACACACACACACACACACACACACACACACACACACACACACACACACACAGACACACACACACACACACACACACACACAGAGACACACACACACACACAGACACACACAGACACACACAGACACACACAGACACACACAGACACACACAGACACACACAGACACACACAGACACACACAGACACACACACACACACACACACACACACACACACACACACACACACACACACACACACACACACACACACACACACACACACACACUCAAACAUAUACAUACAUACAUUCAUACAUAUACAAUAUAUAUAAUGUAUGCAUGUUGAUAUGUAUAUGCAUAUGUUUUGAAUGUAAAUAAUUUUAAUAAUUAAUAAUCAGUUUUGUU